AUGGCGGCGCCGCUCGGGCCGCGCUCCGGCGGCUGCCGGGGCCGCCUGUGGCGCGGCGUCGGCGGGCCUGGCCGCGCGCUGCGCCCGUCGCCGGCAGGUGUGCAACGGCGGACCCGCCGGGGCCGCCCGUUCCGCGGCCGGCUGCGGCGCGAAGUUGGCGGCCGCCCCGAGAACUUCGGGCGCCUCCUGCCCGCCGGGCGCCGGCUGCGCGGCGCGGGCUCCGGGCCGUCCCAAGGGCGGCGGGCGGGUGGCCGGCAGGAGGCGCCCCUCGGACCCGCGGCGGGCGGGGGCGGGGGCGGCGCGCGGCGACCCGCGUCCUCCGGACCGCGGGUCCCUCUGCUGCCCGCUGAUGGGGACGGGGUCCCACGGCGCCCCCGGCCGGCCGUGCCCCGGUCGCCCCGAGCCGGGCCGGGCGGCGGAUUUUUAGACCCUGAGGAGCAAUUGGAGCUAAUCCACAUCGUGGAAAUGGAAACCACCGAACCUCAGCCAGACUGUGUAGUGCAGCCUCCCUCUCCUCCUGAUGACUUUUCAUGCCAAAUGAGACUGUCUGAGAAGAUCACUCCAUUGAAGACUUGUUUUAAGAAAAAGCCGGAUCAGAAGAGAUUGGGAACUGGAACCCUGAGGUCUUUGAGACCAAUAUUAAACACUUUGCUAGAAUCUGGAUCACUCGAUGGGGUUUUUAGAUCUAGAGACCAGAGUAGAGAUGAGAGCAGUUUACAUGAACCUAUGGUGAAAAAACCCCUGGAAAUUAAUCCAUCGUGUCCAACAGCAGAAAACAAUGUGUCUGUCCUGAUUGCUGAUGGGACAAAUGUUGGGGGCCAAAUGCCAGAAGCCCAUCCUUCCCCUGAUGCUCCAGAACAAGUGGUUCCAAUUCAGGAUCACAGUUUUCCACCAGAAACCAUCAGUGGGACAGUAGCUGAUUCGACAGCAGGGCACUUCCAGACUGACCUUUUGCAUCCAGUUUCAAGUGAUAUUCCUACUAGCCCAGACUGCGUAGACAAAGUCAUGGAUUAUGUUCCAGGGGUUUUCCAAGACAACAGUUUUACAAUCCAGUACAUUUUGGACACCAGUGAUAAGUUGAGUACUGAGCUCUUCCAGGACAAGAGUGAGGAAGCUUCCCUUGACCUUGUGUUUGAGCUGGUAAACCAGCUACAGUACCACACUCACCAAGAGAAUGGAAUUGAAAUUUGCAUGGAGUUUCUGCAAGGCACUUGCAUUUAUGGCAGGGAUUGUUUGAAGCAUCACACGGUUUUGCCGUAUCAUUGGCAGAUCAAGAGGACAACUACUCAGAAGUGGCAGAGUGUAUCCAAUGAUUCUCAGGAGCACUUGGAAAGAUUUUAUUGUAACCCAGAAAAUGAUAGGAUGAGAAUAAAGUAUGGAGGACAAGAAUUUUGGGCAGAUUUGAAUGCCAUGAAUGUGUAUGAAACAGCUGAAUUUGACCAACUACGAAGGCUGUCCACACCACCCUCUUGCAAUGUCAACUCUGUUUACAACACAGUUUGGAAAUUCUUCUGUAGAGAUCACUUUGGAUGGAGAGAAUAUCCUGAGUCUGUUAUUCGACUGAUCGAAGAAGCCAACUCUCGGGGUCUGAAAGAGGUUCGAUUUAUGAUGUGGAACAACCACUACAUUCUCCAUAAUUCAUUCUUCAGGAGAGAAGUAAAAAGGAGACCACUCUUCCGCUCCUGUUUUAUUCUGCUACCAUAUUUACAGACACUUGGUGGAGUUCCCACUCAGGCUCCUCCACCUCUUGAAACAAGUUCAUCAUCACAAAUCAUCUGUCCAGAUGGGGUCACCUCAGCAAACUUUUACCCUGAAACUUGGAUUUAUAUGCAUCCAUCUCAGGACUUCAUUCAAGUGCCUGUUUCUGCAGAGGACAAAAGUUACCGAAUCAUUUACAAUCUUUUUCAUAAGACUGUGCCUGAAUUUAAAUAUAGAAUUUUGCAAAUAUUAAGAGUCCAAAACCAGUUUCUUUGGGAGAAAUAUAAAAGGAAAAAGGAAUAUAUGAACAGGAAAAUGUUCGGCCGUGACAGAAUAAUAAACGAGAGACAUUUAUUUCAUGGAACAUCCCAGGAUGUGGUAGAUGGAAUCUGCAAGCACAACUUUGACCCUCGAGUCUGUGGAAAGCAUGCUACAAUGUUUGGACAAGGCAGUUAUUUUGCAAAGAAGGCAAGCUACUCUCAUAACUUUUCUAAGAAGUCCUCCAAAGGCAUCCAUUUCAUGUUUUUGGCCAAAGUGCUGACUGGCAGAUACACAAUGGGUAGUCAUGGCAUGAGAAGGCCCCCUCCUGUCAAUCCUGGCAGUGUCACCAGUGACCUGUAUGACUCUUGUGUGGAUAAUUUCUUUGAGCCUCAGAUUUUUGUCAUUUUUAAUGAUGAUCAGAGUUAUCCUUAUUUUGUUAUCCAAUAUGAAGAAGUCAGUAACACUGUUUCCAUUUGAAAAAUCUUGGUACUGCAAAAUUAUUUGAUAUGAACUCAAUCCAGCAUUUGUAGCAGGUUUUGAAUGGGUGGGACUGGGUAGGGAACAGCAUUGGACAGUAAUAGGGCAUUUUUCAGACCCAUUUUUUUAAGUGCUAGAAAAUGUAAUUUUUUUUUUUUAAAAGAAAAAACAGAUUUUAAAAUGACCACUUAUUCUUUAAUUAUUACUAAUUGUUAGUGUACUCAGUGUGAAAAAGACUAAAGAUUGCAUACUCUCCAUUCACACUUGUACAUAUAGGCAGCAAUAUCAUUAGAAGCAUCUGAAAGCAGAAAAAAAGAAAAACCAACAGCUUAACUAAUCAAAUGCUGCUUGGGUCUGGUAGAAGUCUGGCCCAGUCAGAUGGAAACAAGUCAGAUGAGCAACGUGAGAAUAAUUUCUUAACACUGAUAAUACUGAUUGGAACUGAUACUAUCAUGCUUAUUUCCAUCCAGAACAUCACAGCUUUGGUGUAGUAUAAGUUCACAAAAUUUUGGUGGCUAGAAAGAAGUUUUUAUUUCUAGCAGCAGAUCUGAAACACAUCAUCCAAUCAGAGACCAUUAAUGACUUUAACUGUUCUGCGGAGUUUGCCUGAGAAUUCAGAGUUCUGUUUAGAGGACAUUUAGGAAAGGGGGAGGGAAAAAAAAAAAAAAAGGAACCGUUUGAAAAUUUCUCACCAGCAAAAUUUCUCACUAACUAGUCAUAUAAAA